AUGGGGAAUCUGUCUACCACCAGGACAUCACUGGUGCUGCUUUGGGGUCUGUACUACUGUGUGCCAGGUGGCUGGGUGGAGACCGACCCUACAUGGGUGACACCGGACGAAUGGGUGGACGGCGACGGCGUCCGACGGGUUGCUGGCUACGUCCUGGACUCCAACGUCAAGACGACGUGGAGACGCGGAGAUGAUGAGAGAAACUGGCAGCUGACGUUUAACCUGCAGACGUCUAUGACGCUCUCUCGGAUCCGCAUGUCGUACGGUGGUCGAGGCGACAGGGGCGAGAGUACAGGAGACCUGGGCGGCGAUAACGUGGACGUUGGUGCUGGUGACAUGGGCGUCAAAGUCUUGCGUUUGGAGAGACAAGAGUGGGAAGAAGUGACACACAAAAUAGGUCGAUUUAGAGAUAACUAUAAGAUACAGCUGUUCGAAAUUGACCUGACCGGGCUCCUCGCCACGGCACAGUCUUGGCGCCUGCAGUUCCCGCGUGGGGAUAGGAGAGAAAUCAGCGAAGUUAAGUUUUUCCAGGCUUGCUCCGGAUUUGAGAGGACGGUCUGCACAGACGGAGACUGUGACGUGCACGAGGUUAUCUGUGACGGGAUAGUGGACUGUGACGAUGGGAGCGAUGAAAACAACUGCGAUAAAGAGAUCUGUUCCAAUGGAGCCACCUUCAACAAGACACAAGUGUGUGACGGCAGUGAUGACUGUGGGGACGGGACAGACGAACAGAACUGUUGUGAGCGGCGAGGCUUGAUGACCUGCAGCGAUGGACAGUGUGCAGAGAUGCAGAAAUAUUGUGCUCAAACCCACAUUCCUUGUUUCAAGAUCGGAACGCAAGAUGCACAAUAUUCCACAUGUGACGAUGAAGAAGACUGUAGCGAUGGCAGCGACGAGUCCAACUGUCCUGCGUCUACCUGUGAGAAUGGAGCCUUGUUCCACCCGGCUACUCGAUGUGACGGCAAAGAUGAUUGUGGAGAUAAUAGUGACGAGCAGCACUGUGUCUGUUACUAUCUACGGGACAGAGGGACAAGCUACAGGGGCCGUGCAAACCGGUACAACUUCUGCCAGUUCUGGGCAUCUCAGUACCCCCACACCCAUAACCACACUCCCCAGGCCUACCAACGGGCAGGGCUGGAGCGGAACUACUGCCGGAACCCGGACGGGAAGGACAGGCCGUGGUGCUACACUAACAACCCGCUCAUCAGGUGGAUGUACUGCGAUGAUGUCUUCGCCUGUGACGCCCCACCGACGCGCUGCUUCUACGCAAUGGAUAAGGGAAGGAGCUACGCAGGUCCAGUCAAUAGCCAUCCCCACACACCACAGGCUCAUCCUGAUGCAGGUCUGGAGGAGAACUUCUGCCGUAACCCUGACAACAAGGAGCGGCCCUGGUGCUACACCACGAACCCGACACGGAGUGAAAGCAGUGUAGCUCAAACGCCAUCUGACCAUCACCAUCUGACAUGGAAGUGUGUGCCUGGAUUUUCUGACCCCAAAUAUCCUGAUAUCCAGAACCCGUCCUAUUGGAUGGUUGCUGACUGCCCUGACCAAUGGACGGAUGCCGUCACAAGGGAUCAGUGUUUAAAACAAGUGGACUCCUUCAACCCCAGUGACCUGGUCUUCCGGAUUCCUGUGGUAGAGACUUCAACACGUGCUCAAGCUGGAUCAAAUCCAGUCCCCUAUAGAAACAUGUUCUGCGCAAUCUGUAACAAUGUGUCUUUAACAGACGUAACUGUUUGGGAGUACCAAGUUGAGUGUACAGGUCUGCUUAAUCUGUCUUCACAUGUCCUUAAAGGUUCACAGGAGUACAACAGUAUCAUUGAUAGUGGCGAAUAUUGCUUCGGAACGAACAUGGUAACAUUUACCGCUCCAAGCGAGUCGAUUGUGAGACAAUGCGUCAAGACUGACCUAUCUAAUGAGAAUUGUGAUGCCGCUGCUUGUAUGUCCUAUUUUGAUCCAAUAGGCGUUGGACGUAAGCUUUACAGAAAUGUACAUUGCGCUCUUUGCGAAGGACUUUCCCUCACAGCAACCACAAAUCUAUGGUGUCCUUCUGCUUUGGAUAGAGAUCUCCGUUCUUGCUUUACUGACAACAGCUGUCCUUUCAAAUUCUCACUUACUCAUCUGUUCAACUUUAGAGCCGAUGGGAGUGAUGAAAACAGUCCAGAUCGGUGCCCCUCCGACACUGUAUACGAUCCUUUUUCAGGAACAUGCCGACUUUUCUCGUCCGUCCUCAAAAGUCAUGGCUCAAACAAAACUGUCUCCUUACAAAACUGCAGCGAACCUGCUUUGACGUUCACAGCUGAAGAGUUCCGUGUCCUUCCCAACGGUAGUGUCCACCUGUUGAGUUCUAACGUGUCCUGUCCGGCUGAGCAGGUGGCCAUUCAGAACACAACAGCAUCGAUCUGCGGGGAGUGCAUCUCUCCAUACUUCUCGAACCACACGCAAACAACCAACCACCGGGACCCACACCAGGGCUGGUUAACCCUGGGUCUUGUGAUAGUGUCUGCCUUAGCCGUGUUUGCUUUUGUGGUCCACACCUUUACGUCUGGCCAGGUGAAAAAAUUCCCAGAAAAGCUGAAGGUUCAGAUGAUGAUAUGCAUGGCACUUGCUGAAUCCCUGUUUGUGGUACGUGUGUUUAUUCCUCUCGGAGAGGCCUGUGUAGCGUAUGCAAUAAUUCUGCACUUCUUCCUACUGUCGGCCUUUACAUCCAUGAACGCACUUGCCAUUGAUCUCUUCCUUACAUUUCGUGAUGGCGUCGAGAGGCCGGUACUCAAGAAUUACAUGUUGUACACCUGGAUGAUACCGGCGCUUGUAGUCAUUGCCACCGUGAUUGUGGAGUACAGCAGUUCCGUCAGGGUUGGGUAUGGAGAGAACUGUUGGAUCGGCAAUCCGACUGCCAAUUUAGUGGCUUUCGGAGUUCCAGUCCUCUGUGCCCUUCUGGUAAAUGCUGUCUUGAUAACUUUCGUCUUGUUGGCUAUACGGAAGUCUUUUAAGAUAGCCGACGCUGCACUGUCUCGCUCAAACAGCAUCAAGGCCUGGGUCUACGUGCGUGUUUCCUUUCUGAUGGGGCUCACCUGGCUUCUCGGCUUCAUCUAUCCGUAUGUCAACAGCAGCGUUGUCGACUACAUCUUUAUUGUGCUGAACGCUUCUCAGGGCCUCCUGCUGGCCCUGAUUCUGACAUUAACAUCGGAGGUGAUGCAGAAAUGGAAAGCUGCAAUCAGGAAACGCUUUGGUUUAGCUGAACCCAAGCAGAAUAAUGGAGCAACCGCGACUACCAACAGCCGGCGAACCAUCAGAGGGAAAACUGAGGUAACAUCAGGUGGGACCGACUGUGCUACAGACAUACCCAUGACAACUUUCGCUGAUGUCACUGAUGUCGAGAAGAACAGAGCACCCCUUCAGCUAGGUAAAGGUCCUAGAGACAGGAAACGAACUGCCACUGCCAGCAGCCGGCGAACCAUCAGAAGGAAAACUGAGGUAACAUCGGGUGUUAUGGACUCUGCUGUAGACAUACCCAUGACAACUUUUGCUGUUGAUGAAGAGAACAGGGCACCCCUUCAGCUAGGUAAGGCUGCCCGGGACAGGGAAGGAACCACCACUGCCAGCAAUCGGCGAGUCAUCGGAGGGAAAACUGAGGUAACAUCGGGUGGGUCCGAAACUGCUACAGACAUGCCCAUGACAACUUUCGCAGAUGUCGAGGAGGACAGGGCACCCCUUCAACUAGGUAAUGCUCCUCAUGGUAGAGAUCAAACAGCCGCUGCCAGCAACCAGCAAACCAUCGGAGGAAAAACUGAGGUAACAUCAGAUGGAACCGAAACUGCUGCAGACAUGCCCAUGACAACUUUCGCUGAUGUCGAGGAGGACAGGGCACGUCUUCAAUUAGGUAAGGCUCCUCAUGACAGAGAUCAAACGGCCGCUGCCAGCAACCAGCAAACCAUCGGAGGAAAAACUGAGGUAACAUCGCGUGGGUCUGAAACUGCUACAGACAUGCCCAUGACAGCUUUCUCUGAUGUUGAAGAGAGGGCACGCCUUCAACUGGAUGAAGCUCCUUGUGGCAAUGGACGAACCGCCACUGCCAGCAACCAGCAGACCAUCUUAACGGCAGUUGGAGCCGACUCUGCUGCAGAAGUACCAAUGACUACUUUGGCGGCCGUGGGCGUGGAGGAGAACAGGGCAUGCCCUCAUCUUGAAGAAGGUCAUCAGGACAGGACACCGCCAGCAACUUGCAAACCUCCGUAG